UUAUAAAGACGGAAUGUGUUCCGGUUGGCUCUCGGUGCAUGCCGCUGAUUGUACCCGCUGUCAAAAGUAGCUGCAGCCCAACUGGAUCAGAGCCAUGGGUAUUUUGGAGAAAAUCUCGGAAAUAGAGAGAGAAAUUUCUCGGACACAAAAAAACAAAGCCACCGAGUACCAUCUAGGUUUGCUGAAGGCCAAGUUAGCCAAAUACAGAGCUCAGCUUCUGGAGCCCUCCAAGUCAUCGGGGGCCAAAGGUGAGGGCUUCGAUGUGAUGAAGUCAGGAGAUGCUCGUGUUGCGCUCAUCGGGUUCCCCUCUGUUGGUAAGUCCACAUUUCUCAGCUUGAUGACAGCAACAGCCAGUGAAGCUGCAUCCUACGAGUUCACCACCCUCACCUGUAUACCCGGUGUCAUAGAGUACAAAGGAGCCAACAUCCAGUUGCUCGACCUGCCAGGAAUCAUUGAGGGUGCCUCCCAAGGAAAGGGUCGAGGUCGGCAGGUCAUCGCUGUUGCCAGGACAGCAGACGUCGUCAUCAUGAUGCUGGACGCCACCAAAGGAGACAUCCAGAGAGAACUUCUUGAGAAAGAGUUGGAGUCAGUGGGCAUUAGACUGAACAGGACGAAACCAAACAUUUAUUUCAAGCCUAAAAAAGGCGGUGGUCUCUCCUACAACUCCACAGUUCCUCUCACACACUGCUCAGAGAAGCUGGUUCAGCUCAUUCUUCAUGAGUACAAAAUCUUUAACGCAGAAGUCCUGUUCAGAGAGGACAGCACGCCAGACGAGUUCAUUGACGUCAUCGUGGGAAACAGAGUUUAUAUGCCUUGCUUAUAUGUGUACAAUAAAGUGGAUCAAAUCUCCAUCGAGGAGGUGGACCGCCUGGCACGCAGGCCUCACAGUGUUGUCAUCAGUUGUGGAAUGAAACUGAACCUGGAUUAUCUCCUGGAGAGGCUGUGGGAAUACUUGGCACUUAUUUGCCUUUAUACCAAGAAAAGAGGAGAGCGCCCAGAUUUUCAGGAUGCCAUCAUCAUGAGAAGAGGAGCGUCUGUAGAACACGUGUGCCACAGAGUCCACAGAACUUUAGUCAGUCAGUUCAAAUAUGCCCUGGUAUGGGGAACCAGCACCAAGUACAGUCCUCAGAGAGUGGGCCUAACGCAUGUGAUGGAGCAUGAAGACGUCAUUCAGAUAGUCAAGAAAUAAAAGCUUCUGACUCUUCAAUAGUUAUAAGAAAAUGAUUAACGUCCUUAUUUUGUACAAGACCUCUAACAGGAAAUGGAAGAAAGGGAACAUUAUUGAUCCAAUUCUGGACGGGAGAUGGUGUUUGUUGCCCUUCUGAUUAAAAUAUGAUGAUUUAGAAAGAAAUAAAUUCCUUAAAACAUUUUAAUAAAUGUAAG